CUAGCUCCAGAGAUUCCUCAGAUUUUCCUCCUUACACUAUGACUGAAGCAGAGUUAUACACCCUGUACAAGGGGGUCUAUUUACCCUCACUCAUCCACCCUCCAGAGAGUCUCAGACACUACGAGGACUUCACCUUCCGCCCUGAGGACAUACUCAUAGUGACCUAUCCAAAGUCAGGAACGACCUGGAUGCAGGAGAUUGUCCCUCUGAUCAUGAGCGGAGGGGAUCCAGCUUCUGUUGAGAGUCUUCCUAACUGGGACCGUGUUCCCUGGCUGGAGGAGAGCCGUGCCCCGAUACUAAACCUUGAUCAGCGGCCAUCUCCUCGCAUGUUUGCAACACAUUUCCAUCACAGCAUGAUGCCUCCAUCCUUCUUUGAAGUGAAGCCAAAGGUCAUCUAUGUCAUGAGGAACCCCAAAGAUGUUUUUACCUCUGCCUUUCACUAUUAUGGAACGACAUCCUUCCUGGUAAAGCCGGGCCCUCAGAGCGAGUUCCUCCACAAAUUCCUUAAUGGAGAAGUCAUGUUCGGCUCCUGGUUUGAUCACGUGAAGGGCUGGCUGAAUGCUGAGAACAAAGACCGUCUCAUGUACAUCUCCUAUGAAGAGCUGAUUAUGGACCUGAAGGACUCUGUGUCCAGAAUCUCUCAGUUCCUGGAGAAAUCUCUGGACCCUGACGUGGUAGAGAAGAUCACGGACAGAUGUCUGUUCAAGAACAUGCAGAACAACAACAUGUCCAACUACUCUCUGGUUCCUACUGAGUACAUGGACCAGACGAAGUCAAAGUUUCUCAGGAAAGGGAUUGCUGGGGACUGGAAAAACCAACUAACCGAAGCAGAAGCAGAACACUUUGAUGCAGUUUACAGAGAGAGGAUGAAAGAUGUCAAAUACAAAUUUGUAUGGGAUUGAAUAAACACUUUGAGAAGGAAUCCACCAAAUCUGGGUGUAAAGUAAAAGUUUUCUACAAAGUCACCGGUCUGUUGCUCCAGCUAUGCAAAAACUCUGUUAAGUUCUGGGGUAAAGUCCACAGUAAACCCUACAGUAAAAGUAGUUAUAUGGUAUCUUAAGUUGUGUCAGUGUUUGGCUGCACAACAGGGAAGCAUGGUUCGUCUUAACUAGUAGAGCGUCACGUCCAUUGUUGUAAAAAUGACAGUUUACCUCAUUAACCAUAAGUGCAACGUGAUUUUCUUAGCUUGUUUCAUUUUCUCCUCUCUUAUCUGAUCGUCUCUGAACAGAAUAACAAUUAGAGUUAACUUCUGCUAACAUCAAUGAAAAUCGAUGUAAAUAUGUUAAAGCUUUGUGAUUAGAUGGAACCUGCAGCUAAUGUUCUACAACAGCAGGGACAUCAGGGUGUGAAAUCAGGAGUUAGCUUAAUGGUAUUUCAGAAGAUACGCCCUGACAGUCAGAUUUAAGGACUUCACAUCUAUUAAAAGUAAUGAUUGAAAUUAUGUGCCUGCCAACAAUCCUGUCUCUGAGCUCUGCAGCUCUGCAUCUCCUCUGACCUCAUGUCUUGGUGUUUUGCUCUGAUAGUGUCAGCUGUGAGCCCUUCUGUAGAGACGUGUGUGCCUUUCUUAAUCAUGUCCGAUCAGGUUAAUUUAGCAAAUGUGGACUCCAAUCAAAGUGUAGAAACAUCUCAGCAAAGAUCCAGAGACAUGGGAGGUACCUCAACUAAAUUUAGUGUUUCUGCAAAGCGUACUUUCUGAAUGCACUGUUUUUUCUAAAAUAGCAGAUUCAAUAUCGAAGGUGUAAAAUAUGCAAUUUCACCAUAAUAUUACAGAUAUUGUACUUUUUAAAUGUUUCACAAGAAACAAUGACAGUCAGAUCCUCAUGGAGGCCUGGGUAGCAGGUUGCUCCUACAUAACAGAUCCAGACACUCUGCUUUCGAUUGAGUUUGAUUCUGGGAUAUGAGGCCUGUAGCUUUCAGGCUAAAUGAAUAGCUGUUGUUUUUUCCUUCAAAUGUCUAGCCACAGAACAGUCCUUUUGGUCUUUAGCUGAGAUAGUCUGUCUUCCAGUAUAAAAUGCAUUACAGCGAGGACAUUACAUUUUGUAAAUCACAGAUGUCUGAGUAAAAAGCCUUAUUUCUAUCUUUAGUCUCCUUGAAUAUCCUGAAGUUUCUUUGAUGAUAAAGUUAUCAUAUAUUAUGUAUUGUAAAAACUCUAAAAGCAUAGCUAUAGCUCACACUGUUAUGCAUGCUAAGACUUUUUGGGGUCAUUAAAGUUCCUACCAAUUCAAAGUUAACAUUCUGUCAGUUGCUUCCCCAGUUCUUUGUGUAUAAAUGUACGAUGCACAAACUGAAUAUAACACCAACUAUUUGUCAAUAAAUAAUUUAA